AUGGGAAUUAAAGAAGCUUUUGCAGAUGAAGUAGAAUUUGCACCUGUACUCACGUUUUCAGAAGAAGAUUUGAAAGACUCUCAACAUGUUCUUACCACUAUUGUAUCCCCUCAUACUGGGAAACAGGUGAACAUUACCAGUGAUGUUGAUGAGGCUAUGAAAUAUGCCAUUGCAAAUGCAAAUUCAAACGUUCAUUUAGAUGCUGCAAGAGAUAAAAAGUUACUUAGAAAGAUAGAUUUAUACCUCAUGCCAAUCUUAUGUCUAUUAUAUUGCUUUCAGUAUAUGGAUAAAACAACCAAUUCUUAUGCUGCUAUUUUGGGAUUAAGAACUGAUUUAAAGAUGGAGGGUACUAUGUAUGCUUGGACGGGUUCAGCCUUUUACAUAGGUUAUUUAUUUUUUGAAUUUUUUUCAGCAAGAUUAUUGCAAAGAUUUCCAGUUGCAAAGACAGCUUCAGUGUUUAUUAUUCUUUGGGGUAUUGUAUUAUGUCUUCACUCAGUGCCCAAUUAUACCGGUUUCGUAGCUCUUAGAACAAUCUUGGGUAUGCUUGAAAGUUCCGUUACUGUUUUUAAUUUAAUCAUUACCGGGUUCUUCUAUAAAAGAGAAGAGGUAUUUUUCAGAUGUGCACUUUGGUUUUCAAGUAAUGGUAUUGGUACUAUUAUUGGAAGUGGAGCUAUCGCCUAUAAUGUUUAUACUGAUCAAGAUAAUUUCUCCGUUCCAGCUUGGAAACUUAUAUUUAUCAUCACAGGGUGUUUGACUAUUUUCCUUGGAUUUAUUUUCCUUAUUCAUGUUCCCGACGUUCCAACCAAAGCUUGGUUCUUGAAUGAAGAAGAAAGGAUUUUAGUAGUCGAACGUAUUAGACAAAAUCAACAAGGGUAUGGUAAUAAACAUUUCAAAUGGUACCAAUUUAGAGAAGCUGUAUUGGAUUUCAAGACAUGGUUGAUCUUUAUGUUUGCUCUAGCCACCAAUAUUCCAAAUGGUGGUAUCACCAACUUUGGUAGUAUUUUACUUCACGAAGACUUCGGAUUUUCAACGCAAAAAACUUUAUUGAUGCAGAUGCCUGGUGGUGCUGUCGAAUUUGUGGGUUGUACAUUAUUGGCAUACUUUUCAGGGUAUAUUAAGUCGAGAAUGCUUUGGUCUUGUAUUGGUACAGGUAUUGCAGUUGCUGCAGAAUGUAUGCUUGCCUUCGGUUCAAAUAAACACAUUCAAUACGCUGGGUUGACUCUCUAUAUGAUAUGUCCAAUUGGAUUUAUUUGCUUAUUAUCAGUCAUCUCCAGUAAUGUAGCUGGUCAUACUAAAAAGGUUACGGUAAAUGCAAUCUUUUUGAUAGGGUAUUGUGUUGGUAACUUAAUUGGCCCACAAACUUUCCUACCACAACAGGCACCAAAUUACCCAACUGCAAAAAUUUGUAUUGUGUCUUUUGGAAGUUUGUCAUUGGUAUGUUUGAUGUUAAUUUGGUAUUCCUAUUGGAGAGAAAAUAUUAAGAGGGAUAAAUUAACAUCCGAAGCAGCGGAAAAGUUUGAGCUUAUUGAGAAUCAUGAAUUCGCUGAUUUAACUGAUAAAGAAAAUCCUCUUUUCAGAUAUGCGUUAUAA